CCACGCCACAACAACAACAAUCACACACACACACGAUGGCGGACGCACCAUCACCACCACCACCAACAUCAUCACCACUAUCACCACCGCGCCAACACCACCCCACCUCCCGCCCCCGUGAUCGUCAUGACCGCCCUCACCACACAGACCAUUACCACGCAGACCAUCACCACCAUCAGCGACGCCGCAGCAGCUACGAGCAGCCUCACCAUGCGCACGCAGGGUCACUAUCAGCACCUCGCCACUCGCGCUCAAGCUCGCGUUCGCCGUCACGACGAAGGAGAGCACAUUCUCAGCGACGUUCCGCAUCGGACACGACAGCACGGCACCGGCCUUCCUCUCACAGCAGGUCUCCCUCUCGUCAAGCACCGCACAAGCGACACCACCAGGACGACACAGAGCACCCACACCAGGCCUCAUCACACCCACAACACACGACACCGCGUGCACGGGGCGAUGCACAUGUCGUGCAGUCAGCCAGCAGGCGCAGCUCACACCGCAACACGACGCCGUCGCAUCGGCACCACGUGCCCACGCCGCGCGCCCGCGCCUCAGCGACUGACAAGGACGCCACUGCUGCCGCAUCUCGGGAGCAGCAAGAACACCGCGAUCAACAUUACCACCACCAACACCAGUCCUCAGCGUCUAUGGACUCCAGCGCAACGCCCACACGGGGUGCAGGUGGCAAGCAGCGACGCUCGUCAGCAGCACGCCACGCCACAAGCACUCGUGCUCAAGCGCAGUAUUCAACCGGCAAAGAGAAGCUGCGUGAAGACAGCCCUGCGGUGAGAGACAGGGCACCAUCUCUGCGACAGGCACCAACCGGCGUGAAGCACCGCCUUGGCAAUCCCCACAGCGCUGCCAGCUCUAUGAAGAGGGGUGGCGCACACCCACCCAACCAAGCACACCACGCACACCAGGAGCGGGCACACGGAGUCAAGGCACGUAUGGAGCAAACACACCCCACAGGCAACAACACCCACGGCAGCAGAGACAAGCGUCGCCGUUUCACUACUGAUGCUGCUGCGGAUGCUGCCAAGGCUGCAAGUUCCAAGGACGGUGUUGGUGGUGGUGGCAGUCGCAGCCAUCGCAUCGCUGGUGACAGUGACGAUCAUGGUGGUGACGGUGACGAUCAUGAUGGUGACGGAGCGACGCGCCAACACAGCCGCCGGCAGCGAGUACGCCAUCGCCGCUCGACGCUGCGCGAGGUUGCAAGGACGCGGGGCGCGGGGCGUGACGCCGAACAUGCCAUUGGAAAGGGCAGGGGCGAUCAGCACACUCGUGCCGACGACAAAGGGCCGCCUGUCCAGGCUGCGUCGCCGCCCACCAGCAAAGCCCCAACACUCGUGUAUUCAGACAAGGCGGAAACCAACUGGCCACCAAGCUCCGCACAGGUGCAGCGAAGGCGCAGUGUGUUUGCCCGCCUCAGCACACAGCAGCAACACCGAGCAGACGCUGCCAGAGCGUCCAAUGCAGACACAAUAAGCGAGCAAUCGGUCUCACCCGCAUCGGCGCCGCCAAUCACCGCUGCGGGUGCACCCUCGAGGCCAUCACCCACACGAGCAUCACCACCUCCAUCCUGCCAUGAUGACGAACCGGCAGCGACGCACGCAGCCGACAGCCAGGUUCACUCCCACAGUCACCGACGCUCGCUGUCCUCGCCACCAUCGCCAUCAGCGUCAUCAGUGUCAUUGAGGACGGGUCAAAGGCCGCGCAGGCGCCAACAGACAGCGCAACAUGCGCAAGCCACAGGCGCGGGCGUGAUGCAGGGGCGUGUUGGCAGCGGCAGUGACCAGGGACACACGGCCGCCCCUCGCCCGCGUCAAGGAAAGACGAGGGAGAAACACAGGAGGCGGAAGGAAACAGAAGUAGAAGAAGGUGAAGCAGCAGCAGCAGAAUCGGGCACAUUGUCAUCGCGCCCUGCUGUUGCUUGCCGCGAAGACCAUCAGUACGGCGGUGGUGAGGACUCUGGUACCAUGGGGCGCCGGCAUCGCCAACAACGUGCCGAGAGAGCACGUGCUCAUCACAUCUCUGACAUCGGCAUGUCGGAUGACAUCGAGCAGGACGGUGGGGACGCGCCCACACACUUUGACACCGACGAUGAGCCAGGACGCACCCAUGGUCACGGCCAUCACGACCACAACAAUGACGAUGACAAAGUUUAUGCUGAUCCCAAUGACGACGGCGCUGAUGGCAGCGACCGUAUUGAUGAAAGCUAUGAGGGCAGUGGCCAUUGUGACGACGAUGACGGGUCUCAAGUGGAGGACAGCCAGCCGCCGGUAUGGGCGCGGGACAGCCGUGCCGGUGAUGGCAGUGAUGAUGGCCACGGUCGUGAGGCGCUUGCUGGCAAACCGGUGGUGACACAGCGUCAUGUGGUGGCUGCGGGACGAGUCGGAGGCAUUGAGGACAGCGGCAAUGUGGACAACAGGGCCAGUCGCCCACUCUACGACCGUCUGUCUGAAGAGGGUCACGGCGCAUCGCAGGACCAAACCCUGAUUCGAGAGGAUCUACGCCACCUUAUUGCCAAACGCCGGCAGUUACGCCAGCGGACAGGCAACGAAGCCGAAGCUGGAGGCGUUACUGCUACUACUACUACUACUACUACUAAUACUACUACUGCUGCUGCUGCUGCUGCUGCUGCUGCUGCUGCUGCUGCUGUCGCUGUGUGCGGCAGUGACGAUGGCAGCACUGACGACAGCGACCUGCGCCAAGCCUUGCGUUCCCACACGCGCGUGCGCAGCAGGAUUGCGGCCCGAGUUGAACUCGGCAUCAAGGAAGAGGAAGGGGAAGAGAACAACCAGGAUCACCACGUGAUGGACUACCAGUCGUCCACUCUGCCGCGGGCAGGGCGUGCUCACCAACGCCUCGACCACCACCAUCAUUAUGAACACCGUGAUCGUCGUCGUCGUGCCGACCCUCAUGGUGCUGAUGAUGACGACCACGGCCAUGAAGAUGAUGAUGGUGUUGGGAGGGACGGGCAGCGGAGCAAUCGUCGCCAGCGCACGGCUUCCCGCCCAAUCCAUACCCGCCUUGGCAUGCAUGUGGACAGUAGCGGUAGUGGUAUCCCUGGCAACGUGCGCCAUCGGCUAUCUACUGGCGCGAACGAGCACGGGCACAAGCCCAUCGCACCGACGUCACCCUCGCGUUCAAGGCGCAGUCGCUCGCGCCACAGCGUGGAUGACACACAGGGCAGCGGCAGUGGUGGCAGCAGUGUCAGUGAUCGGCACAGCAGGCCCGGCACGAGAGGCAGUUCAAGCAGGCGUGCUCACCAUGAUGCCCACACUCGUUACGUGCGCCAGCAACGCGAUGAUAAUGACGACAGCGACGACCGCCACCGCCACCGCCACCGCCACCAUCAUCAUGAUCGUGACCAGGGUCGAUCCCAUCAUAACACCGGCACGUCAACAGCGUCUGCAGCGCGAAGGGAUGCCAGGAGCGGCAGUCGCGGCGUGCCUACAAGACGGUCCGUCGCACCGUCACGCACGCAUUCGCAGUCUCCCCCGCACCCCAACACCAAGCGCGCCAAGGUGACUGUAGAGCUGGAUGGGCAGGCACUGGACGUGUCAACGAUUGCGUCUGACCCGCGCCACGCCAUGGCUGAAGCGCUGUGGGGGGCGCGCGCGGACGAGCAAGCAGGACAUGUGAAGGACGAGCCAACGGUGGACGGAGCAAGGGAGCCCCAAGGCAACCGCACCACUUCAACGGUGCGCAACCAUGAGACACAAGCACACCAGCGCGCGCAGCACCUCGCGGCCUCGCUCAAGGAGGAGGAGGAGGAGGACGUGUUUGCAGAGGUAGACGGCGGCGAGCGCACGCCGCUGCUAAGCCCGACAGUGCCUGAGGGACAGCAGUCAGAGACAGGUCGCGCCAAGGCCAUGCAGGCCGCAGAGGCCACAGGGACGCCAGUGGUCCUGGAUCAUGAGGCGCUUUCCAUGGGUGUGAAAGAGAUGACACCUGGCGAAGUGUUGUCCGCGCUCAGUGAGCUACACGAGACACCGCUACCACGCGCACCACACACGUUACUGGCUGAUGACAGCGAGAGGCGUCAGCGUGCGCUUCAGCCAGCUGGGCUAGUCGUUGAUGUGCAGACAAAGCAGUCAGGCAAACACCAGCGCCGUCACCGGCACUUCAGCCACAGCGCGGUUGUUGACAAGACCAUUUUGCAGGCGGACCACCUGCACACGUCGACGGCUGUCCUGGCCCUGAUGGCGCCCUGCGGCCGAGCGAACGACAGUGGCCGAAAGCGCAAACAGAAGAGCAAAAGGAAGAAGACAAAGGCCAGAGACAAGGCGUGGUGGUAGGGGAGUGGCUUGUGUGGGCGAUGUGUGGCACUGGCUUGCAUCUUCUUGCUGCCAAAGUGUUUGUUCGCCCCACGAGACCACGCACGACUCCAAGACAGCUGUCUUC